ACUUAAAUGAACAGUACACGCCGGCAGUCCGUUGGGAGAGUUCCCGUUGCAGUAACCGCAUUAACACCCUAAGCUUUUGUUUAAGUGUUGAGUGCCGCACGCUGACGACAUAGCGCCGAAAAUCGUAGGAAAACAAAUACACAUAUGUAUAUUUCGUUUUAUUGCAUAUAGUCAUAUAUCAUAUUAAACCAAACUAUUAAUUGUAAAGUGAAAAAGUAAAUUAACACAGCUGAUUGCAAUAACAAAUAAAUAUGUGAGUUUGGCUGCUGUUGUCUUUAAUUUCAACUGCGUCGACGGCACACACGCCAAUCAACUUUAAAAAAUUUACCCAAAACGCAUACAUAUAUGUACAUAUAUUUAUGCGUACGUAUUGAUAUUUCGCACUAACACAUAUAUACAUAUGCACACAAAUAGGCACACGCGCAGUUAUGUAUAUGCAUGUAUGUAUGUAAAGUGUGCAUCAAUCAAUUUAAUUUAUAACGUGGUGCUGUCUGCUACCCAGUGAUAAACAGAUGUACAUCAAAAUUACGUAAAAAUGGGCAAAAACAAAAUGGCAGCAAUACAACAGCAACCUGACGAACUAAUAGCAAAUCAGCCACUGCAAUCUCCGCAGCAGAAGUUUGCAUUGCUCCCAAAGAUCAUUAACGGCGGCAUUGCUGGCAUUAUUGGCGUCACGUGUGUAUUUCCAUUGGACUUGGUAAAGACUCGGCUGCAGAACCAGCAAAUCGGUCCAAAUGGCGAACGUAUGUACACUAGCAUGUUCGACUGCUUUCGCAAAACGUACUCUGCAGAGGGUUAUUUUGGAAUGUACCGCGGCUCAGCCGUGAAUAUUUUGUUAAUUACACCUGAGAAGGCGAUCAAACUGACGGCGAAUGAUUACUUCCGACAUAAACUUACCACCAAGGAUGGUAAACUGCCAAUGAGCUGCCAAAUGUUGGCUGGCGGUUUGGCUGGUGCUUUCCAAAUUAUAGUGACCACGCCCAUGGAGCUGCUGAAAAUUCAAAUGCAGGAUGCCGGACGUGUUGCCGCUGCCGCAAAAUUGGCUGGCAAAACCGUUGAAAAAGUUUCAGCCACACAAUUGGCAACGCAACUAAUCAAAGAGAAGGGCAUCGUUGGCCUGUAUAAGGGCAUUGGUGCUACGGGCCUACGUGAUGUCACAUUUUCAGUCAUUUACUUUCCACUUUUUGCCACACUUAAUGAUUUGGGUCCUAGGCGGAACGAUGGCUCUGGUGAAGCGGUAUUUUGGUGCUCCUUCUUGGCCGGCUUGGCAGCUGGUUCAACGGCAGCCCUGGCGGUCAAUCCAUUUGACGUAGUCAAAACCCGCUUGCAGGCUCUUAAAAAGGCCGAUGGCGAAAAAGAGUUUAAGGGAAUUUCUGAUUGCAUUAGCAAAACGCUGAAGCACGAAGGACCUACCGCUUUUUUCAAGGGAGGCCUUUGCCGUAUGAUAGUGAUUGCUCCACUGUUUGGUAUUGCACAAACCGUCUACUAUUUGGGCGUAGCCGAAGGCUUGCUGGGCGUACAAAAGAAGUAAAUGGCAUACGAAAGUUAUCCAGAAGCAUUUCCUCUCUAAAUGUUAGAUGUACAUGUAUGCGCUAACGCUAUUGUUGUUAUUGUUAAAGCUGUCUAAUUUCGAUGUAAAAAGUGAAAGUGCGCUAUUAGAA